AUGACAUCACAUGGUCUCGCCUCCACCUUUUUGUCAAUCAAAAUCUCUGGACAUCACAGUGAUUUUUAAGGAUGAACCUUUAAGCGUCGAUUGAAGCUAUUCAACGAUCACUUCCGACGUUUUACGUGUAAAUUAUGGCCCAGCGGCAGGCCCGUUGCAGCCGGACUCCGACCACCACCGGGGGCCAACGGUACUGGGACUAGCUGCUGAGUAACCCCCCCCCCCUAACAGAGCUGUCAUGGACAAAGACGAAGCAGACCGGCUCAUAGAGAAGGCCAAGCUGUGUUUACGGUCGGGCCGAAAGGAUCGGGGACUGCAGCUCCUAUACGAGGCGCAGAAAAUCUACCCCAGCACCAGGGCCAGAGUCCUGAUCGAUGCCAUACUGAGAAAUGGAGGCAGUGCGUCCCAAGAAACGAACCACGUGCCUCCGCCCUCAGGCUGGAGGGACGAGGACAUCGGAAACCAAGAAACGAGGACUACGAAUCAUGAUGAAAAGAAGACUUACACCGAGGAGCAACGCCAAGGUGUUUUCAGAAUAAAGAAUUGCAAGGACUUCUAUGAAAUCCUGGGUGUUGACAAAGGUGCCAGUGAUGAAGAUCUGAAGAAGGCGUACAGGAAGUUGGCUCUGAAGUUUCACCCAGACAAGAACUUCGCCCCAGGGGCCACAGAUGCAUUCAAAGCCAUCGGUAAUGCAUACGCAGUGCUGAGCAACCCAGAGAAGAGGCAGCAGUACGAUCAAUUUGGAGAACAGAGUCCAACCUCAAACGUACCCCAUCGCUCUGGCAACAGCCGGCCCGGACACUACCGGAACUUUUACAGAGACUUUGAGGCCGACAUUUCCCCCGAGGAGCUCUUCAACAUUUUCUUUGGUGGAAGGUUUCCUACAGGAAACGUUCACGUAUACACCAACCAGGGCGCCUCCUACUCUCAGUUCUACCAGCCUCGUCGGCGGCGGGCUCACGAAAGACGGGAGGAGGUUGUGGUGGAGGAAAACCAGAGUCAGAACACCUUCACAGCUCUUCUGCAGCUUCUGCCUGUGCUGGUGUUGAUCCUCAUAUCAGUCUUUACUCAGAUGAUGGCAACUAAUCCGCCCUACAGUCUCUUUUACAAGCCGGCGAUGGGACUGGUGGUGUCCAGAGAAACGCAGCACAUGGGUGUACCGUACUACGUGGACAAAAGUUUUCAGAAAGAGUACCGCGGAGCAGCGCUGGAGGAACUAGAGAAGAGCAUCGAGAGCGACUAUAUCGAACACUUGCAGAGCAGCUGCUGGAAGGAGAAGCAGCAAAAAUCUGACUUGGCAAACUUGGGGCAGCUUUACCGAGACGAGCGGUUAAAGCAGAAGGCAGAGUCCAUGAGGCUGGACAACUGUGAGAAGCUGCAGCGAUUGGUCGGCCGCCUCAGAGUCAAAUGAGGACAGUUUGAGAGGAGGAAACGUUUCUUUAGCGAAGUGUGUAAUUUACCCAUUCUGGCCACUUUGCUGCGACAUGUCGUUGGGGGACGGUGCAGCCAGUGGGAGAUUGCACUUCUGAAAACAACGUGCCUUCUCUUCGUCGGUAGAAAAAUAAGGAGUUGCACUGUGGCGUUAGCAGCAGGGAGUGCAGACUCGCUCUGGCAGGGUGUAUGAUGUCUCACAGCCUUCAAACUUUCUUAUAGAAAUGGCAUGACAUAUGCAGUCUCCCCUUGGGGCUACAAAGGCAGUUGUAUGUUUGGGACAUACAUGUUUUAUCUGUUUAGGUUUUGUGUUUUCUUGUGUCUUUGUUGAAAUUUUUGAUGUAUUUAUUUGGUAGGUAACAGGGUGAAUGUUAGUGAGGGGUUUUCCGGUAGGAAAUUAGUACAGAGACCUAAAUAAUACUGCAGUGUUUGGACAAAUCAGCACAUAUAUAUUGUGAAAUGAUGAAGGACCUUUAAAACCAAGACAGAUCCAACAAUUAUAGCUUUUGCAAGGAAACAUGGUCUUUCUUGCCUCUAUAGGCAUUAAUGGUACUGGUGGUUGUGUAAGGAAUAUUUGCAGCUCCUUCAGAGGUUGCAUUUGAAACAGUUUUAUCUGAAAUUUCAGAUUGAUUUAUGCUCCAACAUAAUGUUUCCUGAUCAUUGGGAGCUCAUAUAAUGGCAGUAUGCACAAAGCUAAUAUUUCAAAUUGCACACAGUGCUUUGCGGAAGUAUUGAUUGUUCCAUUACAAUUUGUCACAUUGCAACCACAAACUGGUAUUUUAAUGAGAUUUAAAUGAUAGACCAACACAUAGUGUGGUGCAUACUUGUGAAAAAAGCAGAAAAAUGAUGCAUGGUAAUUAUUUUUUUUUUUAAUAAUCAAACCAUAAUGUAUUGAUUUAAAAAAUUUUUUCAUAAUGUUGAAAAAUGUGGUGGGUAUACUCAGUCAGCAUUCAUGAGUCAAUACUGUGCAGCAUAUGGUUUGUAUUUUUGUCUUUGUGAAACGGUUCAGUCUCAGUCAAAUUGGAUGACGAGCAUCCGUGAAAAAUCACUUUUCAUGUUUUGUCACAGACUCUCUUCUAAUUUAGAUCUGCACUUUGAUUGAGCCACUCAAAGUAUGUUUAGAUUCAAUUUUACAAUGGAAAAUGAACUUCCACCUCAAUUUCGAGUCUUUGCAGCCUCUAACAGGUUUUCUUGCCUCUAUAAGCAUUAAUGGUACUGGUGGAUUGAGCCUGUAUUCGGCUCAAUCCACCGAAGAAAAGCAGUCCCGCCCCAUGCCAUCAGCAGGCCUCACCUUGGAAAGGUCGUGUUUAGGGUGAUAUGCAGUGUUAGUUUUCUUCCGUAAAGCCAUUUGCCACGUUGUCGUGUUUGCUGUGUUGCCUACAUGGCUUCUGGCAAACUUGAAAUGGAUUUUUGCGCAGCUAGUUGUCCUAUCAACAGAUUUUCCUACCAGAGCUGUGAAACUCCUCCAGAGUUCCCAUGGAGCUCUUCUCUUGCUCAGGUAGAGCGCCAUGUCUUUGUAGGUUUACAAACUCUUGCGUUUUCAAUUGAUGGGGUGAACAGCUUCUGUUUCUGAUAUGGAUAUUGUUUUAAAUCGUAACCCUGAUUUAAAACGUCUUCACCACUUUAUUCCUAAUCCGUUAGGCGUGCACCUCGGUCUUCAGGAUGCAUUUGGUCGCCAAGAUUCUGGAGAAGGAGAAGAUCCGUCAAAGAAUACACACAGGGAGACUCAUUUUAUUAAUGAGGUUACACUAGAUUUGUUUAUCGGCAUCAGAAAAAUCACUAAAAGAAAAUGCAUGCUUCUAUCUGAAAUAAACAUUUCAGAUGCUUAUUUGUAUUUCGUUCCACUUCACAAUUAUUCACUGCUUUGUGUCAGUCUGGUUCAUUAAAGUUUAUGGUUGAAAUCUGGCAACUGCGGUAUCAAUACUUUUGCAAGCACUGUAUUACCAUAAAUAUAUUUAUUUUCUUUACACAAAAAGGCUUACCCAUCAAAAUGUGUUUUCUAAAUCCUGACUCCAUAUUUUGUACAGAUCUUUUAUAAAGGAGAAAUUAAUUAAUAUAAUCCGAUAUAUUUUAACUCUUUUUUUUUUUAACUAGAUGAAACCAAUUUCAUAUUCUGGACAUUUGGGGUGUUAUAUAUUGAAUAGUAUGCUGACAUCGUGAAAACCUCUUUUGUAAUAUUAAUCCAAAAUCAUACUUCCCUAUAGCUGAAAGUCUGACUUGUUGCCAUGCACUGCGCUUACCAGACUGCCUUAGCUGUUGUACUUCUGAAAUAUUCAGGUUCAUCUUAAGCACUUUUAAGUUAAAAUCAUCUUUUUUUUUGUUCCAUACUGUGACAACUGCAUGAAUCCCAGAAGUUUUUUAUUUUUAUUUUCUAUUGCAUAUUUAUUAUUUGACUAUAAAUGUAAAUGAAGUAGAAUAUCAGGUUCACGCUGUUAUCUUACAACACUUAAAACCUUAACUGUGACAGAAAACACAAGCUAGGUUUCAAAUGUAUAACCACAAGUUAUGUUGCUAAAUUGACUGUAAGCUGUCAGCCAAAAAUAGGUGAAAAUUAAAGCUGUAACCAGUAUUGAAACAUUUUCUGUCUCUUUUAAUUCCAUUGUGAUUUCAGGUUGACUUAGCCGAAUGUGAAGUCAACAUCUGUUUUAAGAAAAUAUGAAUAUGGGUCAAAUUAGAUCAAUUUGAGCCAAAUUCAGCCUGAGCUGCCAGUAAUUAUUUUUUUUUUUAAAACUUCCUGUUGCAUAAGUGACACAACAUUGUAUGGAAAUAUCUGAAAAAUAUUUGAAUUACCAGACCUGUUGCAUACUCAUUGAAUUGUUUAGCAAUUUAUGAAUCUUUUAAUUCGCCCAUAAGUCCAUCUGUAAAAGUAUCAUUUAUCUGUCUAUCCAUCUAUUCAUAAAUCCCUCAGUCGAUCAGCUAUCGCUCCAUACAUUUGUCCAUAAUUCAUCAAUUUAACCAUUUCUCUGUUCAUCCAGCAAAGCAGUUUAUUGUCCAAAUUAUUCGAAAUGAGAAUUCAUAUAUCCAUCCUUGUUCAUCCAUCCUUCCAUCUUUACCAACAACCAUUCAUGCAUCCAGCCAUUCAUCUAGUUGUUCAUCCAUUCAUCCAUCCAUCUGCAACUGGACUCGUCUUCGCUGUAAGGACAAUUUUAUUGUGUUGUAACAUUUUCUGGUCCACAAAACAAAAAUACUAAUGUCACAUCUUCUCAGUACACUGAACAUAAAUCCAAGCAAAUCUCAUAAGAGUUACUGUUUCACAGGAAAUUUCACAAAGGCAAAAAUCAUUCCUACACAAUCAAAACAACCAUAUUCAUAAAAAAAAAAAACAUUUUAAGAGGCUAAAAAUGAAAUGUUACACAAAAUGCCUUUGUUUGAGAUGCAAAAAUGUGCCCUUCUGUUCUGCAACUUUAGGAUGCAGAUCUUUAAUCAGAAUAUUUAACCUUUGGCUUUAUAUAUUACAAAAACGCACGCACACACACACACACACACACACAGAGUUUAUGAAUUAAAAACACUAAACUGGUUUAAUUUCAACACAACUGCAGGCAAGGAGUAACUCAUAUCCAUAUGUAUGGACCACACCUAUUAAAACAUUGUGAAGAAGUAAAUUUUAAAGGUUUUAAUGUUCCAGGCGGUUGAAUGUAAGAAGCGGGUUAAGUCUAAGCGAUCCGCAGUAACAUCUAUGAAAGGUUUGACCUGGUCUGACACAGAAUACCCCACAGUGAUCUGGGAUUAUACAGAAUAUAAUCCAUGACUAAAUAGCUGAUUUAGAGCGGAGCCUUCCCAAGCUACACUCUGUCCAAUCAUCCUGGACAGCAAGUCAAAGACUGUCGAUCUACACUCAUUCAUGUCCUUUUGCUUCACAAACCCAACAGACAAGAUUUUCCUUUGCGGAUUUCACUUCUUCAUCUUGAGGUCGGCCUCUAUGGCACUACGGCGCCCUCUGGUGCCACCGUC